AUGCCGGAAAGCAAGAAGAAGAAGAGCCUUCUAAGCGCGACGGUCGAGGGGGACGAUUCGGGGGUGAGCAUAGAGGUCGAGAUGCCUGAUACUGGUGGAGGAAAGGCACCUGACGCGGCGGACUUCACGUAUCGCGAUAUUCCGGAUGCGGAGAUCGAUGAGAAUCCCAAGGAGCCAAAGCAGCGUAAGAAUAAAGGCAAGGAAGCAGCACCCGCGAUGACCGGUAACCUUCGUGAGGCGCUCCCCACGGCUCUCGAGGGGCUUGAUGAUAUUACCACCACUAAAGACGAGCCCAUCGCACAUGCAAGACAGCCUCCUCCACGCUCGGGUCCUGCCGGUAGUGGUAGUAGGUCUUCUGCUACUGCCGAGGCCGAUACCAAGGGUGAGGGCAAGCCGGAUCCUUUCCGCAACGUGCUGUGUCCCAAGUCACUCGACGAGUUCUUGACCAAGCUGCAGGUCCACGAGGCCGAUGACCCAAAGAAUACGAUCACACCCGCCCUCGCCCGGAUGUACCCCAGGAAGAUUGUGAACCCUUUGGUGCUCAUCAAGGGGGUCCUGGUAUUGGAACCCUCGUUCAGUCCCUCCUCAGAAACCCAUGUCGUGGUUCUGCUCGCCAACCUGAAGGUCGGCCGCUUGAUUGAUCCAUCUAGGGUCGACAUCCAGGAGCUGAUCGAGAAGUUGGAGCGUAGCCCUUUUCUCAUGGUCCCUACUCCCGAGCCGCUGACGGAAUGUCUGCUGGCCGAGACGGGCGUGGAGGCCGAUUCCGAGGGCGGGGACAGCAUCGAAGAUGCCGGCGACUUGCGGUGGGCUCCUCGGAAGAUGAGUGGUGCCGAUUUGAAUCCAUCUCUCAUGACAAGCAUGGAGCCUGCUGCGGCUGCAUGUCUCAGUGAGAUGGGUAUCGUCGCGAGCCCGGCCCAGCAGCUUUCGAGAGGCGAGAGCGGAAGGGGCGUGGAGAAUGACGAUGGCAUCGCUGCUGCGAGUGGGAGACCCGUUCUCUCGGGGGGCAAGAAUGGAAUGGGCGUGGAGAACGACACUUGUACCGCUGUUACGCAGAAGAGAUGCGCCACCGGCGAGAAGAGAAAGAAAUCACAACACAACUACUCCUUGCUGCCACUCACUCACAAGCCCGUCCUGCGGCUCCAGGACUGUUUGUGGCUCCAGAAAAGUCUCGAGGACAUCACCGAAGAGGACGUUGCCCCUUUCGACGAGUGUAUUGGUCUCGUCUCUAAUGCACUGACUGGGUAUGGAGCUUCCAGCUGGAAAAGUUUGGAUCUCUUCGAGGAGCUCUCUGUCUUACUGCCGGUUGGCCUCGCUGUUGAACCUCACAUGUAUGGUGAUUCAGUGAGCGGAUGCAUCGCCGGGCUGCUCAAAGAGUGCCUUCCCCGAUUCUACAAACCUAUCCUCCCGAAGAAAAAUGCAGCCAUCGUCUUGGCUAUGUUUGUUUGUAACUGUCAUGCUAUCUGGCACUUCUUUGAGAUUGACAUGAAGAGAAUGGGCAUCGCGUCUGGGUCUCCAGGUUUGGGGGUAUUCCACUCUACCACCUCGAUUCAACUCCGUAACCUGUUCCUUAAGCCACGGGUAGAAGGAUGGGCGGAGGGCAUUCACUUGUUGACGCUAACGACGAUGUGGCUCGUUAACGAGUGGCUCUUGAGCGACAACAAACACCAAGACUGGAGCAUCAUUCAGGCAGACGCUAAGCUAGUCCUCAACACUGUUAAGGAUCUGCCCAAUUUUUUCAACAGAAGUAAGGAUUCCCGAUCUCCUGCUCGCAACAGACUCUCCGCACUAUUCCUCGCGGAAAAUAUGGGCACUCCAGUGCAUCUCCGCGCUGCAACUUACCUCACGGCCGAGGAUGCCACCUUACUCGUGCAGCAGACGGCCGGCUUCAAGCUCGUCCCCGGCCUCGGAAGUCGCCCUCCCAAAGUCGUACGCCUCAUUGACGGAGCCACGGCUAAAGCCUCUGACUUCGGUUCCACCUUGGCGGAAGUCAUGAAGAACAUCAACAAGCUUCUCGUCCCACUUGAGGAUCCGAAGGUUGAGCACUCUAAACAACAUACGACCGACGGCUUUGCUUGUGCCAGUGCCCUCUGGCGCAUCAUGCACCUCGAGGUCCUGACCGAGGCUGAUGGCGAGGUGAACGACGGCCUCCGCGUCAUGGCGCAGCUGGUCUCCUUCGUGCUGGACCCAUGCACGAACGUGAUUCUCAGCAUCCGCAUCAAGAUCACGCAGAUGGCGAGUUUGUGGGUGUGGGGACACUACGUGACGCUGCAAGGUGAUGAUAUUGGGCUCUUGAGAAAGCAGGCUCUGAGAAAGCAGGCUCGGGAGUACGUCAAGACGGAUGGGAAGUUUCUUACCCACUUCUUGGGCAUCCCGUACCCGCCUGUCGACCCUGAGAUGAUGGAGGCUGAGGCUGCUAAGCAAGAGGCAAAGAAGGCUCGUCCCAAGCGCCGCAAGAAUAAGAAGAGCAAGACGGUCGCUGCGGCGGAGGACAGUGAUGGUAUGGAGCACGAGGAGGCCGAUGUGGAGGAGGGCAGUGUGAAGGAUGAUACGGCCGUUACAGGGGGAUUUGAACGCGGUACGAAGGGCCAUCCGAUCGUUACAAAGAAGCACGGUACGAAGGGUGAUGCGAUCGUCGCCAAUGAGGAUCAAGAUGUCAAUAUCAGUCACGAGAGCGCAUGUAUUGAGCCAUCCAUGACCCGACUUCCAGGAGAGCAUUCAACCCCGACUCCAACUCCCAACGCGCCCUCCUCUCCCACCGAACGUGACCACAUCAGUCUCCGAGACCAACACAUCAUCGAACAACUCAUUCGAAUCCAAGACCGUACCCUACGCCAAGAAAUCGAACAACAACUCGAAGAACUCGAACAACUCCAAGACAGUGCCCUCGCCCAGGAAUCCGAAGACAACCUUGCCAUCGGCCAGGCGAUCCAAGAAAAGCUCGAACGAGUCCAGGUCCAGAUGGAACGCCUGAAGCUGAACAACGCACAGGCAACCGCAUACCUCAGCGACCUCCGCCUGAACCACGAGCGCGACUCCCAGAACGCAAGCACCCAGCGCCGCCCCCGUCAAGCUGCCGAGAGAGACAGCACGACCGCCACGACCGCCGCCGCUAUGAGCGCCCUCGACGAAAUCCCCCUCGAGAAACUCGUGCCCUUCCUACCGGCCCGCUUCCCGCCCUCCGCCUUCGGCCACCAGCCCAUCACCCCCGAGAUGUCCAAGGAGGAGAUCAAGGAGGUGCUGGAGAGUAUGUCCGCCGAGGAGCUCCAGGCGAUGGUGGAGAAGGCCCUGGCGUCGGGCGAGUUCCCUGGCUACGAGGCUGGUCGGGGACAGGGUGGGGGUGGAUUCUGCUGCGUGAUGUAG